AUGUUGCAACAGAUUGGAGGAGAUCGUUUAUUUUAUAUAUCACAGGCUAUACAACAAUCAGAUCGGUUACCACUGAUUAUUGUCUUUUUAACCAAUAUGUUGGAUAACCUUCUAUUAACAGCAGUAGUUCCAAUAAUUCCUGAUUAUUUGUUAAAUAUGGAUAAGGUCGAGUGGGAGACUGACAACAACACGUUCAAUUUAAACCAAUCAGACAGUUCGAAUGAAUUUAUGAACCAAUCAGAACCAUCAAUGACAGAAAAGAUUCUACUAUUAUCUGUUAAUAUUAUGAAUGAGAAUAGUAAAGUUGGUUGGUUAUUAUCGUCUAAAGCCAUAGUACAGUUAAUAGCUAAUCCGUUUAUAAGUCCAUUAGCUAGUAGAUUUGGAUAUUCUGUUGUUUUAUUCAGUGGUACUUGUGUUAUUUUUAUAUCAUCUAUGGGAAUGAGUAUAGUGGCUCAGAGAUAUCCUGAUGAUAAGAGUAGGAGUAGAGCUAUGGGUGUGGCUAUGGGAGGCUCUGCCACUGGGGUAUUAGUGGGUUAUCCUUUUGGUGGAUUCAUGUACACUUUUGUAGGAAAGAUGGCCCCGUUUUGCAUUAUAGCCGUGUUGAUAUUAUUUGAUCUAGGUAAGCAUCAAAACAAGACUACCUCGUUGUUGAAGUUACUUCGGGAUCCUUAUAUAGCAGUUAUUGCAGGUGCAAUAAUGUUAACAACAAUGGCAAUGGCAGUGAUAGAACCAACAGUUCCAUUAUGGAUCAUGCAAACCAUGGAAGUACAGAAAUGGCAGCUAGGUCUAGUUUUCUUACCAGAUAGUAUCGGUUAUUUGAUUGGUACAAACUGUUUCGGUGUGACGGCUAGGAACGUUGGAAGAUGGCUGUGUACCGUGGGAUGUAUGACAAUGAUUAGCCUCUGUUUGAUAUGUUUACCUUUUGCCACCCAGUUACCACAGUUAGUUUUACCUCAUCUUGGUUUAGGAUUAGGACUAGGUGCAACUGAUGCAGCUUUAAUGCCUCUCUUGGCUCUACUGGUUGAUAUUCGACACGAAGCCUUUUAUGGUAGUGUUUAUGCCAUAGCCCAACUGGCAGUUUGUCUGGCUUAUUCUGUAGGGCCAUCAUUAGCUGGGCAAUUAGUAAAAUCAAUUGGCUUCCCAUGGUUGAUUCGUGGAUUAGGAAUAUUAAAUCUACUUUUCACACCAUUUUGUCUUCUCCUCCGAAAAGUUUCCACACCUGACGAAAAUACGAUUAUUAUUUCUGGAGAGAAUAAGGAAGCUGGAAAACACGAGCUUGAUGAUGCAACAAACGGUUCCUUCGCAUACGGCCGACUACACGAGGAGGAUUAG